ACAUAAAUAAACCCUACUAAUCAGUUUAAGUUGCAAAUCUUGGUACGAACAUUUGUUUUCACGUAACCGCCACAAUAUGUGUUUAGUGAAAUUGUUGUUAAGGCGGGUUCUUCUUGUUCGCAUCCAUUUUAUUUACCAAAUUAAUAAGCGAAUUUUAUAAUAAACUAAAAAAAAAGAACAAUUGCUAACUGUUCUAUUCCUCAUCCAAACUAUGGUCGAACGUAGUUUCAGUUACAUGAACGCAUAUUAUGAUGAAUGUUUACAAACAUCCUUUUAUAUUCAAAAUAAAUUAUAUAUGUGUCGGGGAAGGAACAGGUGAACAUGAUAUAAAUAUGUAACAGCGGCGAUGUACAUUUAAACAUCAAUUACUGUUAAAACUUGAUGUGUCUGUAUUUAGCAAUAUGUCCUGCAAUAAAUCUUUAAAAAGAAAAAGGGUAGUGCUCAGUCUUGAUGAAAAAUGUGAUAUUCUCAGACGAUUAAAAACGGGCGAAACUGGUACUGCUUUGUCACAAAAAUACAAUAUUGGCAAAUCAACUAUAUCAGCAAUAAAAUCGAAUGAAGAUAAGAUUUUGAAAUAUCAAGCAAAUAUGCUUGUUAAUGGAAACUAUGGGAGUAACAAAAAGAGUAUGUCAACUGCAGAAAAUGACCAUUUGGAAAGUGCAGUUUUUCUAUGGUUUUUGCAACAGCGUACUAUAGGCACACCAAUUACUGGUCCAAUUUUAUGUGAAAAGGCUUUGCAAUUAAAUAAAAAAAUUGGGGGUAGUACAAAUUUCAAGGCUAGUAAAGGGUGGUUACGAAAUUUCAAAGCACGUCAUGGAAUACGUUUAUUAAAUAUUCAGGCUGAAAAACAGUCUAUAAAUGCAGAAGCUGGUGAAACAUUCAAAAAGAAUUUAUGUGACUUUAUACAAGAACAAAAUUAUUCAGAAGACUGUAUAUAUAAUGCAGAUCAGAGUAGUUUGUGCUGGAGGUCUUUACCUCAGAAACAGCUUUCAGUAGAUUGUAAAACAUAUGAAGACAGAGUGACUAUUAUGGUUUGUUUUAAUGCCACAGGUUCACAUAGACUUCCAUUGUUUAUGAUUGGGAAAGCUCAAAAACCCAAGUGCUUGAAAUAUAUUAGCAGUCUUCCUAUUAUUUAUAAAACACAAAAGAAUGGGUGGAUGAAUACUGAUUUAUUUAAAUCAUGGUACCUUUUAGAUUUUAUUCCAAAUGUAAAAAAGUAUCAGGAAGAAAGUGGGAGGAAAGGAAAAGUUUUGCUCAUAUUAAAUAAUGUACCAUUGCAUUCUUUAAAAGAGUUAAAUGCACUUACAGAUGAAAUGUUUCAUAUUAGGUUUCUUCCAAUAAACAUAACAUCUGUAAUACAAUCAAUGAAUCAAGGUAUAAUUGAAAAAGUUAAAAGAACAUAUCGCAAACAUUUGCUAAAUAGCAUACUGGGUGAAGAUAAACAAAAUUUAGAUGUAUUACACUUUUUAAAACAUUUUGCACUACAAGACUGUUGCCAUAUAAUACAUAAAGCAUGGAACCUAGUCACUAAAGAAAAUCUAUACAAAGAAUGGAAGAAACUACUUUAUGAUAAACAAAAGAUAGAAGUAAUAGAUAAAGAAACAAAUAAUGAUAUAGAAGAAAUUUUACAAAUUCAUCAUGUUGCAAAACGUAUUUCAUGUAGUGACAAUUGGGAAAUUAAGGACACUAUAAACUGGCUUAGGAGUGAUGAAAAUGACCACAGUUUUCAAGUUUUGAAUGAUGAAGAAAUUAUAUGCGAAGUUGCAGGAUACAAUGCUAUUAGUGAAGCAGAAGAAAUGGAAAGUACUGAAGAACCUGAAUCCAGUACAGCAAAUGACUAUAAUAAAGAAACAAUUCCUACUGAUGCUCAUGCAUUAGCUGCUUUAAACAUAGCUAUCAAAUGGUUUGAAGCACAGGCAGAAUCAAAUAUUGUUGAUUUGCAACGCCUUAAUUAUUUAAGAGAUCUUGCAAGCUCAAAAAUUUUUAAUAAAUAAUUGUUUUAUAUUAUUAAAUUAAAUUUUAUGUUUCA